AUGUCGAACGUUCACUUCCCCUACUCCAAGGCGCCCUUGCGCACGAUCAAGGAGAUCCAGUUCGGUCUCUUGUCGCCGGAGGAGAUAAAACGUCUGAGUGUGGUCCAUGUCGAAUAUCCAGAGACAAUGGACGAGCAGAGAAUGCGCCCACGAACCAAAGGUCCUAAUGAUCCAAGGCUUGGCACUCUUGAUCGCCAGUAUUAUUGUGAGACCUGUGAGGAGGGUCAGAAGGAAUGUCCCGGACAUUUUGGCCAUAUCGAGCUUGCAACACCGGUCUAUCACAUUGGUUUCCUCACAAAGACGAAGAAAUUACUCGAAGUCGUUUGCCACAAUUGUUCGAAAAUUAAGGCAGACAUGUCAGACACGAAGUUCCAAGAUGCGCUCCGUAUCCGCGACCCUAAGCGACGAUUCGAUAUGAUCUGGCGGUUGUCAAAAGAUGUCAACAUAUGUGAAGCAGAUCCAAUGCCGGAGGACGAGGACCCCUUUUCAAAGGAAGCAUCCAAACCCCAUAAAGGACACGGCGGCUGUGGUAAUGCUCAGCCAACCAUCCGCAAGGAAGGAUUGAGUCUUGUUGGAACCUGGAAACCGAACAAGGCGAAUAUGAUGGACGACGAUGUCGAUAUGCCUCAACCCGAGAAGCGAACUAUCACCCCCACAAUGGCUUACAACAUCUUCCGCGGUAUCUCCGAAGAAGACGUGAGGAUUAUGGGUUUAAGCAACGACUAUGCUCGUCCAGAGUGGAUGGUUUUGACAGUCUUAAUUGUGCCGCCUCCCGUCGUUCGUCCCAGUGUUGUCAGCGGCAAGAGCUCUAGCGGCCAACGUGCUGAGGAUGACUUGACGUUCAAGCUUGCAGAAAUCAUUCGUGCGAAUCAAAACCUGCAACGCUGCGAACAGGAAGGUGCACCGGAACACGUCGUUCGGGAAUUCGAGGCCUUGCUUCAAUAUCACGUCGCCACAUAUAUGGACAAUGAUAUUGCUGGUCAACCAAAAGCCAUGACGAAGUCUAACAGACCAGUGAAGGGCAUACGUUCAAGGUUAAAGGGAAAAGAGGGCAGAUUACGUCAGAAUCUCAUGGGAAAGCGUGUCGAUUUUUCGGCUCGUACUGUGAUCUGCGGCGACCCUCUGUUAUCGUUGGAGGAAGUCGGAUGCCCCAAAUCAACUGCAAUGAUAUUGACGUACCCAGAAGUUGUCACGCCUUACAAUAUCGAAUUCCUGCAGAAACUCGUGAACAACGGUCCUACAAUCUACCCUGGUGCGAGGUACAUUGUUCGUGAUAACGGUGAGCGAAUUGACUUGCGUAUGGCCCGGAAGACAAACGCCAAUCUUCUAUACGGCUGGAAAGUUGAACGUCAUCUCCUCGAUGGGGAUGUCAUUCUUUUCAAUCGUCAGCCAUCAUUGCACAAGGAAUCUAUGAUGGGUCAUCGUGUUCGUGUUAUGCCUUAUUCUACCUUCCGACUCAAUCUGUCUGUCACCACGCCUUACAAUGCCGAUUUCGACGGUGACGAAAUGAACAUGCAUGUGCCUCAGAGUGAAGAAGCUCGUGCUGAAUUACUUGAACUUGCCUUGGUUCCAACCAACAUUGUCUCGCCACAGCGAAAUGGUCCCUUGAUGGGUAUCGUGCAGGACUCUCUGUGUGGUAUCUACAAAAUCUGCCGUCGUGACGUUUUCCUUACCAAAGAUCAAGUUAUGAACCUCAUGCUUUGGGUUCCCGACUGGGACGGCUCCAUUCCUCAGCCAGCCAUUAUCAAACCUAGACCCCGUUGGACUGGAAAGCAGAUCAUCAGCAUGGUUUUACCUUCCGGUCUCAACUUGCUGCGUGUUGAUAAAGACAAAGCCCCUCUUUCUGAAAAGUUUUCGCCAUUAGCAGAUGGUGGAAUACUAGUCCAUGGCGGCCAGUUGAUGUACGGCAUGUUUUCGAAGAAGACUGUUGGAGCAUCCGGCGGCGGUGUUGUUCAUACCAUUUUUAACGAGUACGGUCCUAUGGCUGCUGUCUCGUUUUUCAACGGAGCCCAGCGCGUGGUCAAUUAUUGGCUUUUACACAAUGGUUUUUCCAUCGGUAUUGGUGAUACAAUCCCUGACAAGAAAACCAUUGAACGAAUUGAAGGUGCAGUUCGCGCUGGUAAAGCAGAGGUCGAAGAGAUCGUUCAGAGUGCAACUGAAAAUACGUUGGAGGCAUUGCCCGGUAUGAACAUUCGAGAGACAUUCGAAAGUAAGGUUUCUCGUGCAUUGAACAAUGCUCGUGAGGCUGCUGGGAGUGAGACCGAGAAGAGUUUGAAGGAUCUCAAUAACGCCAUUCAAAUGGCUAGAUCUGGAUCCAAGGGUUCCGCCAUUAACAUCUCCCAGAUGACAGCCAUCGUUGGACAACAGUCUGUCGAAGGAAAGCGAAUUCCCUUUGGCUUCAAAUACCGCACGCUUCCUCAUUUUACCAAGGACGACUAUUCUCCGGAGUCGAGAGGAUUUGUUGAGAAUUCCUACCUUCGUGGUCUUACACCAACAGAGUUCUUCUUUCACGCUAUGGCUGGUCGUGAAGGUCUUAUUGAUACCGCAGUCAAGACUGCCGAAACGGGUUAUAUUCAGCGUAAGCUUGUCAAGGCCCUCGAAGAACUUAUGGUCAAAUACGAUGGAACUGUCCGAAACUCGCUUGGCGAUAUCAUUCAGUUUUUGUACGGAGAGGACGGAUUGGACGGUGGUCACAUCGAAAAUCAGAGAGUGGACACUAUCAAAUGCUCUGAUGAACAAUUCCGUGAUCGUUUCCGCGUUGACCUCAUGGACCCAGAGCGCACACUCGGACCCGAAGUCCUUGAACAAGCGGCUGAAAUUAAUGGCGAUAUCGAAGUUCAAAGAUACUUUGAUGAAGAAUGGGAUGCUCUUGUUAAGGAUCGAGAAUUUCUUCGCUCUGUCGCCAAGGGAGACGAAGAAAUGAUGCAAUUGCCACUAAACGUUCAACGCAUCCUUGAGUCGGCAAAAACCACAUUCAAUAUCAAAGAAGGCACUAUUAGUGAUCUUCAUCCCGCGGAAGUCAUUCCUCAGGUCCAAGCUUUGCUGGAUCGUUUGGUGGUUGUUCGUGGUGAUGAUGUCAUCUCGAAAGAGGCCCAAACCAGUGCUACACUUUUAUUCAAGGCUCAACUGCGUUCACGCCUAGCCUUCAAGCGACUAGUCACUCAGUACUCCAUGAACAAACUUGCAUUCAAGCACGUUUUAGGAGCAAUUGAGAUGCGUUUCGCUCAAGCCCAGGCCGACCCAGGAGAAAUGGUUGGUGUUUUAGCCGCCCAAUCUAUUGGAGAGCCUGCCACGCAGAUGACUUUGAAUACUUUCCACUUUGCUGGUGUUAGUUCCAAGAACGUUACUCUCGGUGUUCCUCGUCUGAAAGAACUUUUGAACGUCGCCACAAACAUCAAGACGCCUUCCAUGACAGUUUAUCAAGAGCCCCAUAAGAAGCACGACAAGGAGGCUGCUAAGCAGUUGCGUAGUGUGGUGGAACAUACAAGUCUUCGUUCAGUCACGGAAGCUACUGAAAUCUACUAUGAUCCAGAUAUUCAGUCUACCGUCAUCGACAACGAUAGAGAUAUGGUCGAGUCCUACUUUAUCAUUCCAGAAGAUGUCACGGACGAUUCUAGCCGUCAAUCCAAGUGGCUCUUGCGUAUCGUUCUGAACCGAGCUAGACUUUUGGAUAAGGGACUCACUGUCCAGGACGUGGCUACUAGGAUCAAGCAGCAGUACCCACGAGAUAUUGCUGUCAUCUUUAGCGAUAACAACGCCGAUGAGCAAGUUAUUCGUAUUCGCCAACUUCAUGAUGUGAAGGAAGACGAAGACGAAGAGGAUAUGGAGUACGAUGUUACUCUCAAGAAACUUGAACAACACUUGUUGGAUACGUUGACUCUACGUGGUGUAUCUGGCGUCGAGCGUGCUUUCAUCAAUGAAAAGGAUAACGUUCGCCUUAUGGACGACGGCUCUCUAUUCCUAAGCAAGAGCGAUCCAUUGUGCAAAGAAUGGGUGUUGGAGACAAGUGGUUCAGCGCUCGCUGAUGUUCUCACGAUCCCGGGUGUGGACACUAGCCGAACUUAUUCCAACCAGUUUAUCGAGGUGUUUGAGGUGUUCGGUAUCGAAGCUGCUCGCUCGGCUCUGUUACGGGAACUGACUCAGGUGUUGGCUUUCGACGGUUCUUAUGUCAAUCAUCGUCAUUUGGCACUCUUGGUCGACAUAAUGACAGUGCGCGGUUAUCUUACCCCCGUUACUCGUCACGGUAUCAACCGAGCCGACAAUGGUGCCCUGAUGAGAUGUUCGUUCGAAGAGACCGUCGAAAUUCUUCUUGAAGCGGCCGCUUUUGGUGAACUUGAUGAUUGCCGUGGUGUGUCUGAAAACCUGAUCCUUGGUCAAUUGGCACCCGCUGGAACGGGAGAGUUCGAUGUGUACCUCGAUCAGAGUAUGCUGAAUACGGUAGUUUCAAGCAAUACCGGAAUUGGCUUGAUGGGCGGCCUGGGAGCUAAGGACGCAAUGAUCAAUGACGGAGCAGCUACUCAGUACGACAACAACUCUCCUAUGAUGGAAAAUGGUUAUAUUGGUACACCCGAUCUGGAUGCGAAGUUUAGCCCAAUUCGUCAAGCCGGCGCGGAAACACCCGGUGGUUUUACGGCUUAUCAACCAUCGGGAGGGUUGGGAGGUUUCAGUCCAGCACCUCAGAGCCCUGGUGGUUAUUCGCCUACCAGUCCUUUCAAUACAAGCCCUGUGUCGCCUGGCUAUUCCCCUUCGUCCUCAUACUCACCCAGCUCGCCUAAUAUGUCGAUAACUUCCCCGCGCUAUGCGACAUCUCCAGGUUUCUCGCCACAAUCACCUGCAUUUGCGAUAACAAGUCCGGCGUAUUCUCCAACGUCUCCAUCUUUCCAGGCCACUUCGCCCUCAUACUCGCCUACAUCACCGCGCUUCUCCCCUUCGUCACCCAAUUACAGCCCCUCAUCUCCAAAUUUCAGUCCGGCUUCACCUGCCUUCAGCCCAAGCUCGCCAACCUACAGCCCCACUAGCCCGGCAAUAGGCGGUAGACAAUUCUCUCCAUCGAGUCCCACCUCGCCGAAGUAUUCUCCUGCAUCGCCUGGGUGGUCACCGACAAGCCCUGAGAUCUACUCUCCCACAUCUCCCAACAUUCAUGGCUCUCCGACGUCACCUGCUCGCGGCGCAACUUCGCCUAGCUACAGCCCGACGUCGCCGCAGUACAACCCAACGUCCCCACGCCAGUAG